AUUGGCUUAAUGUUUUCCCUGUUCCCUUGCCUAACUCGUUGAAUAUUGUGAGAUGUGAGUUAUAUUCAUCUUAUCUGACCCCAGGAAGAGGGAGGGCUUGAUAUUUGUUAAAACAAAGGAAACUGGAUGUCAGACAGACAGCUUUUCCAGGAUUUGAACAGUAGGGAAGAGAAACUCUUAUUUGAAGGUCUUGGGAACCUAGAGAUUUCACUGCAACUACAAAUAAAAUGAUCUAUAACUAACUUCAGGCUAAAAUCACAUCUGCUUAUUUCAUGUACAGCAACAAUUUGUUUUCCCUGCAGCUUAUUUUUUAUUAAGCUACCUGGACACUUGUUUUUAUCUUCUUAGCUGCCAAAAUGCAUACCUGAGCAGUAUCGUACGCCACACUUGUUUAUUCUGGUACAUGAGGAUGUUGGUUCUGAAUCUGACGUCUGCAUUCUGGAUCCAGGAGUAAGAUGAGUAACGGGUGCUGAGGUGACAUUCAGAAUUGAAGAGGGAAAUUCCUGCAGCAGCGCAGUCAGACAGCACAUUCCCUGCACUCACACAAGUUCUGAAACGGUUAUACAAUGUUCCACGAAGAGAAAAAGGAAGGAAGUCCCAGAUUCGGGAAGCUGCACUUUCCUGUGGGCCUCUGGAUUAAUUCUCCAAAGAAGCACUUUGCCAAGUUAGGCAGACGCUGGCCCAGUGUUGGCUCCAUCAAGUCCACCUCUUCAGACACAGCCAGUCGCAGCAAUGAGACCGUGGAGCUCCGUCAACCAACAAAGAACAAAAACAAUCGUCACAAACGUCUAUCUAACAUUUUCCACCGUAGUACAAUUCUUAUGACUGGUAGCAUUAGUGCUGGCAGUGCCGCAGGUCGCUGGGCUAGUGAGAAGAAAUUGUCAGAGAUCAUUGAUGCCGUGCCAGAGGACUUGGUGGAGCUGUCCAGCCAGAAGAAUUUGCCUGGCAUUCUCAAAAUAUUCGGAGAUGACAUUUCUUCUGGCACCAACUACAAGAGUGUUCUAGCUACACCGCGGUCCACAGCGCGGGAGCUGGUGAAAGAGGCACUGGAAAGGUAUGCAGUGGCUGAUCCGGACACAGAAGCCUUCGUUCUUUGUGAUGUGGUGGGGCGUUUUGUUGGACAUGAGGGAGAAUGGAAGAUGGAAUAUCUGCGCAUAGUAGGGGACCAUGAACGUCCCCUUGUCUUACAGGAAAUGUGGAAACCUAAGGCUGGAUUCUCUCGACGGUUUGAAAUCAGGAGAAAGCAAGAGGUUGAGAAGAUGACUACAGCGGAAGAUAGCGAGACUGCAGGUGGGCAUGGUAUCAAUGCACAAGCUCGUAGACUACAAAAGAGUCGCUCUCGUGCAGCGUCUGGGGGAAAUGCCCCCUUACGGGAGAGGGAAGACAGCACCUCUCUUCGUCGGAGUAUAAGCGAUAUCAACCUGAACAGCAAGAAGCGGAGAGAGAGGAAAAGCAUAAAGAGCAUGGUGGCCAAUGACACAGAUCCAGGUCAAGAUGGAGAUCAAAGUAGAAAAGAUGGCGGCAUGCAGAACUCGGCAGAACAUAACAGCAGUGUUGACUGUGCAGAUGAUCCAACUGAUCAGGUUGACUUAGACUUUGAACGUCUCUCUCAGUGCUUAAUUCAGCCACCCUCAGAGCAUCCGUACUUCCUUCUUCUACAAGGCUACAACAAAGAUGUGGAUUUUGUUAUAUAUGUGAUGACUCGCAAGAAGCAUCUGUUUGGAAGGGCAGAGAAAUCUUCAAGAGACAAAGGACCCUACGUUGACACUUUUCUAUCAGCUCCAGACAUUCUCCCACGCCACUGUUGUGUAUGGCGCUUGGAUUCCUCUACUCAAAAGAACAUAGUCCGUGUAAGACCUUAUCGGGGGGCUCUUGUAACCCACAAUGGGGGAGUGCUCCAAAGAGAAGCUGAACUCCACACUGGGGAUUUGUUGGGGCUUGGAGAUCACUUUCUCUUCAUGUUCAAGGACCCUAGAGUAGCCCAGACACGACCCGCUUGGCUUCCACAGUCUUGGUCCUCGUCUGGGUUGAGCGGGGCUUUUUCAUGCCAGAUGUGUGGUAGGUCUCUUCAGGAGCGACAAGAGGCUGUUCAAGCCUACAUAGAGAGCAAAGAUUUAAUACUGCAAUACCGCUCUCAUGAAGAGGAUGCUGUGCUGAAAGAGAUUAUCGAGAAAAAUGGUAACCCGAACACUGACUUUAAGCUGGCCCCUGCUUACCUUUUUAGUCUCUGCAUCGAACAUUCAACACGAGCUCUUGAUCCUGGACACUUUCCUAAGCUAGUUAUGAAGAUUGCCACCAUGAUAAAGGAAGUCGUUUGGGAGAAGAUUAAAGACAUUGGAGACAAACAACCGGAAAAUCAGCAGGACAAAAAUUUUCCGAGCACACUAGGGAUUGAAGAGGUGGCUUCUGACCUCCGACCUUUAAUGUUGUGGAUGGCAAACUCGAUGGAGCUUCUCAACUUUGUCCAGCAAAAAAUCCUAGAUAUGGAAAAGGAAUGGGAGUCAGAAGGGACCUCACAAGAUGCUUUGCUUUCGAGUGACCUGGAGGCAUGUGAGGAGUCCAUGGCUCUCCUGGAUGAGGUCAUUAUGUACACCUUCCAGCAGUGUGUUUAUUACCUAACCAAGACUUUGUAUGCAGCUUUGCCAUCUCUGCUAGACAGUAAUCCAUUCACAGAUCCUAGCAAUCUGUCAGAUGUAGGUGAGCUAAGCAACAUGCCGGAAGGCACUCGUGGCACGCUUUCCAUUUACCAGGCUACUCUGGACCUGACCCGGGAAUGUGAACUGCACCCAGAUCUCGUGUCUCAGACGUUUGGCUACCUCUUUUUUUUCUCCAACGCUUCACUCUUCAAUACUCUUAUGGAAAAAGGUAAUGGGGAGCUAUUUUACCAGUGGUCAAAGGCUGUCCAGAUCCGUACAAACCUUGACCUUGUUCUGGAUUGGCUUCAAGGCAUAGGUCUUGGCGAUAUCGCAGCUGAAUUCUUCCGAAAAUUAUCAACAACAGUAAACUUGUUGUGUAUUCCUAAAACCAGUCUUUUAAAGCUAUCUUGGAGCAGUCUUCGGAGUGACUACUCUGCGCUCAGCAGUGCACAGCUCAACCACUUGUUAAGAAACUAUCAUCUGGGAGUGGGACGAUCACAUCCAGCUGCUUGGGACCCUCCUGAGGAGGAAAAGGAUGAGAUGACAAGCACAGAUAUUUUCGAGAGCUUCACCGAUCAUCCUCCGUUGAUUCUGCCUUGCGACAACUUCCGCUUGCAGCUGUCCCCGCCCAUGACUAAUGACGCCUUUCACAAACAGCUGUGCCAGCUGCGACGCUUUGUAUGGGACCUUGAGCAGAAGUCACUGCCUGCUAACCAGAGAGCUUUGUACAGGGUAGAGAACAGCCAAUAAGAGCACAGUGACUAAAAUGCCACUCAUAGAUAAGAACAGAAUUCUGUAUAGCCCCCUCUGUGACUCAGCUGCCUGACUGGUGUUUCUAUGUGUCAGUAAUAAGCAGGUAUACAACCUCCUUACUGUCAUUUCCUUCUAGUAAUACUGGCCAUGUAUUGGACUUGAAUGGACACUGGGUAUCAGGAGUCUAAUGACGUGUGAUAAUACUCAGCACAUCCUGUUUUGGAUAUCUGUCUAGCCACCUCAUUAUCUUGCAGGAUAUCUGUUCGGAUAAACACAGCACCUACUGUAUUACAUUUAAGUAUUUAAUGCUAGAGGUAUUCCCUUUUAAUUUAUAGCUUUGGAGGUUCUUGUAGAUAUGCCACACUGCUUGCUAUGUAAUGUACUGUAACGCUUAUUCUAAAUACCCUUUUGAUCA